AUCUAAGUUUAAUUGGCCAUGGCGCAAAUAAUCACAGCAUUAAAGUCCAGAUAUUUUGCAAAAUGAAGAACUAAAACAAUUGGAUAAUGUACAUGCUUCUAUCUCAAAACCGUGUGCGUGCAACUGAGUUGAAUGUGAACGCUCUGAUCUAACCUAAUCGCACAGGGUGUGCCGUAAAAUUUUUACACUGACAGAAACCCUCUGACAGUGACGCUUGAUAAACUAUUUAUUUACCAAUCAGUAUUUGUCAACAAAUAAGGGCUGAAAACUUUUGAUAAACAUUUACAUUAAUCAUGGAAGAUGACCAUGAAGAACUGCUUCAGUACUCUGAUGAUGAAUCGGUGUCCGAAACCCAAGAAGAAGAGGAUAAUGUUUGUCCAGUUGAACCGGAAGAUUACAGGCAUUUAGCAGUGGUGCCCCACAGCAAACUCGAGUUUUUCUCCUGUUUUCUGUCGUUGAUUCUGUCCAGUACUGUGCUGUUGAUUAUUCUUCCUCUUUAUAUCAGCGCUAUUAACGUAGAAGCCAAUGUCUAUUCAAUACUGGCCUUCAACGCCCCUCUGGCGACAGCUCUUUUGGGUGUUGUACUGAUUUUGCUGAAAUAUCUGUGCGGAAAAUGCAGAACCCAGGAAAUUUUCGCCAUGCCAGUCGGGUUUCGGAGGCUGCUGGAGCUCUCCGGCUUGUAUAUCGGCUUCUGCUAUCUCUACAUGUAUGCGAGCGAUAGGAACCGAGUGCUGUGCCACAUGCAGGAUCCCAUCAAGGGAAUUAUUGUGGUAUUUGCUCUUCUGAACUAUUUCUUCUUUUGUCGAAGUUUUAUGGGGCUCCAUAGGAUAUUUUCUACCACUACUGUGAUUGUUGGUUUAUUCAUUUCCGUCGAUUAUGGUCUGUGCGAUGAAUUCGUCUGCAGAGGAUACGAUAGAGCGCAACUAUUUGACGAUACAGGCUCAUGGUCCUGGCAGGUGCACAGCAUUUGGACUCAGGCUUAUAUUUUCAGUUUGAUCCUGAUUGCAGCCUUCUACACGUUGCUUGAUAGAUGUGUGGUUCCAAGCUACAGCGCGAUGCCUUCCAGUAUAACUUCCCCGCCAGUGGUUAACACAAUAUCCAUAACUGUGACUGGAAAUAGCUCGAAUCUGGAACAGGAUGUGCCCGAGCAGGACAAGCGGGUUGUUAAUCCCCAACUUGUCACAAAGUCUGCCGUUCUUUUUGCCUUCUGGAUACACGUGAUGGUCUGCGCGUUGAUGCUUCUGACUUUUUGGGUCGACUUUAUACCGGGAAUAGGAAAGGGUCAUUCGGCAAUGGAGUCGUUGAACUUUACCAAACAGGGGCUGAUGUGCCAUUUUACCAGUCAUGCUGAAGCAUUGAACUGCCAGUCGGUCUUCUGGUAUUCUGUGGGGUUCCAAAUAGCCUACGUGCUGUUUGCCAUCUCCUCCAUCAAGUUCUUAACGCUUACUCAGUCUGCGGUGUUCACCAUCGCCACGAUGUCUUCUGCUCUGCCUAUAAUUGGGAUCUGGUGGACCCUGUUCCAUGCUUCUCCAAGCGGGGCGCUGGUUUGGGCUCCCAAAGUAAGAGGGGAAUUUAUUUGUUCAAUUAUCGGUCUUCCCAUCGUGUUCCUCGGGCUGGGGCUGCUGUGCAAAGCCCAUUUUAAGGAUGUCCGCAAAUUGCGCCCCAUGGUUCUGAUUUCAGUGCGUUCUUAAAUUUCCAGGGCUUUGAUCUCAUCAUCAAACGUUUAUUGGACUAUCGUAUACUGUUAUCUAAUAACCAUAGUUUUAAGGUACGUAUAGGUACUACAGAGUGCGGUGAUAAUCGAAUAUUUUUAUAAGAUGCCGCACUUUGUAUUAAGGGGAUUAAGUGAGCUGGCUUACAAAAAAAAUAAACGUUUUCUACUGGAACAAUGAACACACUACCUGCUUGGAAGUUCCUAUUUUUACAAGGCAUUUGUGCUCUCCAACUGGAAUUUAUUGUUGUUUAAAUAAGCAGCAGCAACAUUUCCAGUUCCAAGUCCAUUUAAUGAACCAUCAAGAAGUUAGUUUGUCAGCUUCUGUUGCCAAAUACUGUACUUACUUGUGAUAGCCCACAUUAAAGCGAACUGAUCAGUCAUUGGACGGAAACAGACAGUUUUUAAGCUUAUAACUUUCUAGUCUUUAGUUUAAGGAAAUUAUAUUUUUCUCGGAGAAGUUCAGUUUUGUCUAAAGUUAUGGCAGUGAAAAAGUCAGGCAGUAACUUUAAGCACAACUGCACUGUCUGAUGUCCACGAGGUACAAAGAAAUUGCCAAAAAUCAAACCGUAGUUUGUCGAAACUGACGUUGUUACUUAAAUAUUGUUAUUAAAUGUGUGUCUACGCGAUUAAUCGAUGUACAGUUUUGCAGAGUGUUUAGGGACAGUUCGCUUUAGAAUAGCAAUCCAUAUUUUUGUCAAAAUAAAUUUACUCUUUCUUCAAUUCAAUUAUCUGUUUAAUUUUGAAGAUAAAACUCCGUAUUGCUUAAAAAAUAAUUGAUUGUCUACUUAAUACCACUGGUAAAUGUCCCGCGAUUUCGAAAAUAUUUAUUAAUUUGCCCGUUUUAUCCCAAAUUUAAAUCGGACCGUUUGCCAGCAGAGUUUAUAAAGCGAACUUCCAUUACUUUUGCAUGAAUAAUCACAUCCUUAGAUCAGGAUUAAUUAAGAAAGGUCCCUGUAUAAUCCAAACCUUAUACAUAUAAAUUUUUUCCAUGCGUUUCGAACCAACUGAUCGCUUUUGAAAUUUUCCAACAAAGGAACUAAACACUCUGUAUAUAGGAUAAGAGUCACAUGUAUGGAGCUGAAGCAAAGCCAAUUUAUAGGUUGCCCCAACUUGCAGACAUUAAUUUGUUUUUAUACAAUAAUCCCAGCUCAGGCACUAUCCUAGUUAUGUGUAUACGGCCCAUUUGUGAAUACCUAAUCUUAUAGACCGUAAAGUUUACAUUAGACCAGACAUUAUCAGUGAAAUAAUGUUUUUUUUGUAAAGAAGCUUAAUGCUAUUUGUAAAGGCUUUUCGUGCUAAGAGAUCUUGUAGAGUAUGUACUCUAAAAUAUGUACAAAAAACGAUUUAUUAUUAUUUGACUGAAUACAUUUCAGUCAAAUAAUAAUAAAUCGUGGUGGCAAAGUAACAUUUACAAAUUUAUUGAAAAGUGGCCAGGUUCUAUUAUUCAUGUUUCGGAUGUUUUAUUCUCUGUAAUCAUUGGGACACAUUUUGUUUGAAAACCUACACCCUACACACAUAGUAGUUCCAUGCAUUUGACUCUCUCUACAUAAAUGAAUAAUAUUGGAGCCAAUUAUUAGAUAUUGAAUAUUAGUAAAAACGUAUUUUACGACAUGUUUAUUGGAAGAUAUUUAUUAGAUAUAUACAGUGUGACCUACUUUCUACUAAUUUUAGAAUGUUGGAAAUACUUAUUCGUUACCUCUCACGAGAUAACGACUCGAAUAAGGCGGGUCACCCUAUACAUAGAAGGCAGUGUAGUCAAGCUCAACUAACAGCUACAAUUCAGCUAAAUUUAAAAGCCAUAAAAUCAAACAUUUUCGUUAUUUACGUGUGUUUUUUUUUAGAAAACUGUGGUAUUUCUGUGAUAUUUUCAAAGUUUUACAACUACUUUGUUGAAUAUUGUUUGUUGGUCCUAUAAUAGACUACACUGCUUCACUUUGGUACUAAGUCAAGGUAUAUUUUAUAGACAAUAUUGAUACCUACGUAUACAUGGUAAAACACUUAAACCAAUUUUUUUAACCCUUAGGGCGUACUUCGUAUAAAACUGUUAUGAAUCAACAUGUUUAUUAGUGGAAAAUAUAUGCACGGUGUAUUGAAUGUUA